AUAUAUGAUCUUCACUUCAAAGAAGACCUAUGUUGACUGGAGGGCCUUCAUAUGAUUGUGCUGUUAGCUGUCACAAGCACUUCCUGCAUUGCCACUGUGUGAAGGUCUGGUGCUUGUAGCAUCACCACCAUGAGCACAUAUAAACCUGUAUUCCAAAAUGGAAUGUGGAUCUUACUUCAUGUGUAUAACAUGAUCAUCAAGAAAUUUGAUGAUCACAGGCAGUGCAUGUAAGGGGUAAGGCAUCCAUGGGUACCUGACCUAAUACCCUGUGGCACAACCCCAUGCCCAGGACUUGAGGUAAAGGUGACUUGAUUCCUGUGCCAGCAUUCUGAUUCCUGCGUAGGGUAUGAACCUUGGUGCUGAAUGCUCCCAGCUUGAAGUGGGGCCAUGGAAGACUUUGCUCAAAGGUGGUGUCAGUACCAUUUUGAGUACCUGCUCCACAACCCAGACACUUUUGUUUCACAACCUCACCAGCAUAGCUUCAUGCCUGCACCUUAUCCACCCACCACCUCUGUCUCUACCGUGGACGUGUGUCCUCGCCUGUACAAUUAUAUUCCUCCCGCGAACGACUCCGCGUCCAGUCUGGCCGCCAAAGACUCCAGCCGUGAGGACUCCCACGCAGAGACCACUCCUCGUGAGGACGCCGGCGCGGAGGAGCCAGCGCCGGACGCGGCGGCACGGGCCGGUUACCUGAGGAUGCUGUUGGCCACCGAGACUCACAGACGCGAGCGAGAGCGGUGUCGACGCGCCGAGCAGGCGCCGGUGCCGUUGCAGCUGGGCGCCGAAACGGAGCGGCGCCGGCGCGACCAGAUGCUCCGGCUGUACGGCGUCGGUGCCGAGCGCGUGGCGGCGCUCGAGAGUCGCGUGCAGCUGGAGUUUGGCCGCGUCACGGAAGCGCACCGGCCGCCUCUCUGGCCCAACAUUCCGCUCUGGAUACGGUUCGGUUAGCGUCUGAUUGUGGUGGCUUGGAGGGACAGUCGAUUCGUGAACAGCUUGUUUUCUAUCACGGGGUGAGCAAUGGGCUCUUCCAGCCGGCGUCACACGAGGCCGGCUCUGUUUGCAAUGCAGUUUGGAAGAUGCGAGACUGCGUUGGAAGUGCUCUGUUAAGUAACUGCAUGAGACUGCGUCGGAAAUGCCUGUGUUUAGUAGACAUAUGAUGCCGCGUCGUAAGUGCCUGUGUUAUGCGCUCAUCAGCGUUGGCUGCAGGCCUGUGUUUUACACUCAUCAGCGUUGGCUGCAGGCUUGUGUUAUGCGCUCAGCAGCAUUGGCUGCGGGCCUGUGUCAUGCACUCAUCAGCGUUGGCUGCAGGCCCGUGUUAUGCGGUUAGCAGCGUUGGCUGCAGGCUUGUGUUAUACGCUCAGCAUCGUUGGCUUCAGGCCUGUGUUGUGUUCAUUAUCGGUGGCUACAGGCCUGUGUUAAACGCCCAUCAGUGUCGGCUGCAGGUCCGUGUCAUGCGUUCAUCAGCGUUAGCUGCAGGCCUGAGUUAUGCGCUCAGCAGCGUUAGCUGCGGGCCUGUGUUAUGCGCUCAUUAGUGUCGGCUGCGAGC